CCAACGGUGUACAACUGGAGGUGGGGAUAUCGGUCGUCCUCCAUCUCGCUGCACCUGUCGAUUGGGGAAUCAUGGCGACUUUGCAAGACCUAUAUGGGGUGGCGCGAAGGUUGAUCAUGGAGAUCCGCAGGGGCCUGGAGGAGUUGGAGGGUGCCGAGGCGCGCGGGAUCAUCCAAACCUCGACCUCCCUGUCCAGAGAUAUGCACGCCAAGCUGCGAGAGCUUCAGAAGAUAUCGCACCAGAUCGAGAGUCAGUGGCGUAUCCUCGUGGUUCAGGAGAACAGCAGCAAAAGGGACCUGUGGAAGAGGAAGGUGGAGCAGGUAGUGGAGGAAUGCGACCAAAUCCGAGUUUCCCUGGAGAGGUUCAAGUCGAGAGAGAGCAGAAGACAAGCGGAGGAGAGGGAUCGAGUGGAACUCAUGCAGAGAGUCACGUCGGACGACGAGUUCAGAUUGCUCGUAAAUCAGUACGACGCUGAAGCUGGUGCCAAGAUGUCGCUGCAACGUUCUGGAGGUAUGGUGGACGACUUGUUGGCGCACGGAGCUAGCGUCUUGGGCGCGCUCGGGGAACAGAAGGAGAGACUGAAAGGCGCGCAGCACAAGAUGCUGGAUCUCCUCAAUAGCAUCGGCGUAUCAGCAUCUUUGCUUCGCGUCAUCGAUAGAAGACAACGCAUGGACGCGAUGCUCGUGUACGGUGGCAUGGUGUUCACGGUCUUACUGCUCCUGUUUGUUUGGAUGUUCUUCGGAGGGAAAAAGAAGGUAAAGAGCUUCUGAGUACUAAGUUAAAUGUUAGCUUGAGUAAUAGACCAGAGAGUAUCGUAGCA